CAUCAGUUUUGUACCAUUCAUCGAAUCAAUAGCAUUGAACAAAAAACAUCAAAAUGAUGGCCGAAAUCUUGGCAUUAGCAGUAAUUGCAUUGUUUUCGUAUGCAUUUUAUAAAUGGAUGACAUUCCAUCAUGAUUAUUUUAAGCAACGUAAUUUGAAGUAUUUGAAUCCAAAAUUACUUGGCAACACUAUCGGACUGUUUUUGAAUAAGUACACAGCCGCCGAAUUUUCACAAAUGAUUUAUGAAUCAUUCCCAAAUGAUAAAGUGUAUGGUUUCUUUGACUUUCGUAAUCCACAGUAUGUGGUCCGUGAUCCGGAACUGAUAAAACAUAUUGGUGUAAAAAGUUUCGAUCACUUUGAGGAUCGUAUUGGAUUUGCAGAUGCCGAUAUUGAUAAGUUAUGGGGAAAUAGUGUGCUAUUUAUGAAAGGUGAAAAAUGGCGCCAUAUGCGUGCCACUUUGAGUCCAGCGUUUACCGGAAGUAAAAUGAGACAAAUGUUUGAAUUGGUUGCUGAAUAUUCGGAUAGUGUAGUGGAACAUUUUUUAAAUUUAUCCAAAAACAAGCAAAAAAUCAACGUUGAAAUGAAAGAAUUUUUCUCACGUUAUACAAACGAUGUGAUUGCAACAUGUGCGUUCGGCCUAAGAAUAAAUACAUUUGCCGAUCCAGAAAAUGAAUUUUAUCGCAACGGUUUGAAAUUAGUUGAUUUCAAUUCAUUCACAAAACUAGUGAGAGCUUUGAUUAUUAAGCAAAUUCCGGCGAUUGCACGAAUGUUGAAUAUUUCCUUUGCAGACAGUGCGACGGCUGAAACAUUUAAAAGCAUCAUUAUGCAUACAAUGGAUUAUCGAAAACAGAACAAUAUCUAUCGGCCAGAUAUGAUAAACAUGUUGAUGGAAGUUCGUGAAGGCACAUUAAAACUUGAUACCAACGAAAAAGAUGGUUCUGCCACUACAAAGGAGUCUGACAUUGAAAAAGUGAACAUCAAUCAGAGUUGGAAUGAUGAUGAGAUAGUUGCACAAUGUUUUACCUUUUUUAUUGGUGGUUUUGAUACGACGUCAACGAUGUUACAAUUUGUUGCGUAUGAACUGUCGAUUAAUCCAGAUGUGCAGCAACGUUUGUAUGAAGAAAUCGCUAAGACAAACGAACAAUUGGGUGGAAAACGCAUAACAUAUGAUGCCAUUCAAAAGAUGAAAUAUUUGGAUCAAGUGACAUGUGAAACAUUACGAAAAUGGCCUUCUCUUCCUCAAAUUGAUCGUAUUUGUGUUAAAGAUUUCGUAUAUGAUGAUGGAAAUAAGUUGAAGUUUAACAUCGAAAAAGGAACUCCUGUAGUCUUUCCAAUUUACGGUAUUCAACAUGAUCCCAAGUAUUAUACAGAUCCCGAGACAUUCGAUCCAGAACGUUUUAGCGACGAAAAUAGAACGAAUAUCGCACCAAACACAUACAAUCCAUUUGGUAUAGGGCCCAGGAAUUGUAUCGGGUCAAGGUUUGCACUGAUGGCAAUCAAAUCAAUUUUGUACAACUUAUUAUUGAACUUUUCAUUUGAACCAAAUGAAAUGUCACAAAUUCCAUUAAAAUUAAAAAAAUCAGCCUUUAAUUUUGUCGCUGAAAAUGGAGUGCACAUUGAACUCAAACCCCGCGGAAAAUAAAUAUCUUAUCAUUAUGACUUACACAUCUUAUAAAUGACAACAACUGUCAAACUUACAAAGUAUAUUGAACAAACGACUGAAAACUAAAUAAAUCUUUUGUGUAGAUAAUUUUGAAGAGAACAA